UAAUCCAGGAAAGAGAAAAUUAGCGCGAAUAAGCUGCUGUUAUGUGAGUGGUAUAAUCCUAUCUAGUAUCUCGUAGAGAAGCGCGAUGAGGAGUUUUUUUUCGCUACAGCGCAACGAAUUGCAUUCCCGGCUGAAGAAGCGUCUUAGGUAAAGCCGCGGCCGGAUGUCAUCCUUGCGCCGGGACCACCCGAUAGUGCUGUUAACUCGUUGGAUAGGAGGAAUUGAACGAUUUCCCAGUGGAUUCUAACCUCGAGCCCAGGAGUUUUCCGUUUUCCGACUGUUAUUAGGGUUCUAUACAUGUAUAUUGUUAUUGCAAAAGUGCGCCAAUUGCGACGUACUCGUCAAAAUGCUCGAGGGUCUUGUUGCCUGGGUGCUGAACAAUUAUCUGGGCAAGUAUGUAGAGAAUCUCAACACCGAUCAGCUAAGCAUCGCACUCUUGUCAGGUGCAGUUGAGCUUGAGAAUUUACCUUUAAAACGUGAAGCUUUAAGACACAUUGGUUUACCUGUUGAAAUAAAAGCUGGUUUUAUUGGUAAAGUUCGGUUACAAGUUCCUGUCACACAAAUAAGAACAGCAUCAUGGGUCAUAGCUAUAGAACAACUUUACUUAGUCACAGGACCUAUAAAUUUAGACGAGUACGACAGCGAAGCGGAGGAACAUGCAAUAGUUGAUUAUAAAUUGAGCCGCCUAGAAUCUUUAGAAGCUAGAUGGCGAGCAGAAUCAGAACAAGGUCCUGGGUAUUAUGCUACUAGUUAUAGCACAUGGGUAAAUUAUGGUACCUCCCUAGUCACGAAUAUUAUAGAAAAUCUACAACUCAACAUAAAAGAUGUACAUUUACGUUAUGAAGAUGCUGUUACCUUAGAUGAUGGAACUGGAAUAGCUUUAGGUGUCACAAUAGGUGGCUUAACAGCUCAGAGUUGUGAUGCUAGUUGGAUUCCUGGUUCAACAUCAUGGAAUUUAUCAGAUGCGUCUUUUAAAUUAAUGGAAUUAGAUGGUCUCUCUGUGUAUUGGAAUGAAACGAAAAAAGAAGACAUGUUCCACGAUUUGGAUCUUGGAGAUUUAGCUGUCGCUAUGAACGAAUCAAAAAAGCAAAGCAGGUGCUACAUCCUUUCACCAGUCAGUGCCAAAGCUCACGUCAAAAGAGAUAGAUCAGAGAGACCAUUACGCUCAGCAAACAAACCAAGAAUGGUAGUUGAUCUUUCUUUGGAUCAAGUACCUUUAUCUCUUACAAAUAUACAGUAUGAACAAAUAGUUCAGUGUAUUAAGGGUCUUGACGAGAUCGAUAGACAGCGGAGACAAAGACGGUGUCGACCAAAUGCAUCAAUUCACGAAACACCAAAGGAGUGGUGGAGAUACGCAGCCCGAUGCUACAUCGGUAGGAAAACUCUUGCUCCGAAAAAAACGUGGGAAGAUAUUCUACAACUUGGCAGAAAUAAUGUCGCGUACGUCGAAGCUUGUGCAAAGCUGCUGUCGAAUCCCACUGCGAGUUUGCCACCCGAUAUUAAAAAGUUAAAGGAUCAAAUGGAAAUUGAUCUUAGUUUCGAUGAGCUGAGAGUUUUACGGGAAAUGGCAAUGAUGAAAGUGCGACCUCCGAAGCCGGCACAAGCAGUUUCGAACGCUUCUACGCCUCCUCAGGCUCAAGGCAUGUUGGUCCAGUGGUUUCCGCAAUGGUGGGGUUGGCACUCUACCAAGACAGCCAACAGCAACAACAAUGAAAACUCACCGACGUCCCAAAAUUCAUCAACUUUUGACGGUGAAUUACUCGACGUUCUGGCCGAUACCAUUGAUGACGAUACUCUUUUAAGGCGUGAUACCGUCUUCGGUCUUUUUAAUUUUGCGCUUUCAAAGGGCGCAAUUUCGUUGUGUACUGUAACGAAAGCUCAAGCAGAUAAAGCCGCAGAAACCAAAACGGUGAUGGAGCUUCAGUUUGAACGAGUUCAUCUAAGCUACGAAUCUCGGCCUCGAUCUGGCUCGCAUAAGUUCUCGAUUAGUCUAGGUGCUCUCUACCUGCAUGAUCACUUUACGGACAAUUCGACUUUCCCCAUCCUCAUCCAACCUCAGACAAUCGGAUCGACAGGCUCCUCGUCCCGCCUGCGCAGCUCCUCUGACAAACUCAGUACUCAACCACCCCAGUCGCUCUUCGAGCUGGUCUACGAAAAGCGACCACUGCAUUUGAGUGUCGAUCACUCUCUACACGUCAACUCACGCUCACUUGACGUCGUGUACAACCCGUUGGCGAUUCGUUGGCUCGUCGACUUCAUAUGUGAGCCCCACAGGAGCGACGGUUCGAACAAUCAAAGAUUACAAGCUAUGAAACGACGGACACGCCGGCAGCUCAUGAAAAAUUGGGAGCAGAUUCUUGAAGGAGACUCGACUUACAGAUCCUCCUGGGAUCUACAGCUCAAUAUCUCAGCGCCGCAGAUCCUACUUGUGGAAAAGUUCACCGAUACUAAUGCAGCGGUCGUAGUCGUAGAUUUCGGUAGACUGCAUCUGACGAACAACAUAGAGAUGAGUGCCGUUGCAGUGACAGCUAGAAAUCUUAUGUCACCCACCAGUGAUAUUGAAAAGACUGAGCAAGAGAAAGAGGACGAAGAUAACGAGGAGGACGAGAGAUUUGAAACUCCUUGUUCUACACCGCCUGGAAGUCAGGAGAACGGAUCAGUACAGGAUUUGCAGCAGGGUCUGUCGGAAACUGCUUUGCAUAAAAAGCUUUACGAUCAUUAUACGGUUGAUCUGUCAGAUCUGCAAGUACUCGUGGGUAAAGUUAAGGAUAACUGGAAACACGCGAGAACGAGAGGCAUGUCUAGUCUUCACGUGCUUGAAAGAUUCAAUAUAUCGUUACAAAUUGAAAGAAGAGUCGUCACAACGACCGACCCGCACUUUCCUUCGGUCACGGUAUCUGGAAAUUUACCGAGACUCGUGGUUCACGUCAAUGAACAAAAAGUGGAAUCCAUUAGGUCGAUGUACCACUUAUUGUGGAGUCUGUCGAGCAAUUCGCCAAUCUCCGCAAAAGUCAAUGGAGUAUAUCCACACGAGGAACCUGAAAGUCCUAAGAAGGAGGAAAGUAUCGAUAGGACAUUGAAUCACGCAAUGAUGAUCCAGUUUAUCAUUGAUCAGAUGACAUUCGAACUGCAGUCGAGAGGCAGGAGUGUCGCAGAGUUACAGGUCUCCGGAGUACGAGCAGCGCUAAGCAAGCGCCCAGCAGACUUGAGCGCUUCACUGUCUGUUCACGGCCUUUUGUUAGUCGAUGCUCUUCAAGAGUUUGGCCCGGACUUCGAACUUCUCGUAGCUAGCCACAAGCAUGUUGGCAUGGACAGCGUUUCCGGCAGUCUCCGAGAUUCAGAACCCACUUCACCUACUUCGCCGGUUUCUCCGGGUUCUCCAGAUCCAACUUUACCUCGAAGACUUACUUCUCCCGUCGCUCUGACGCAUGCUUUGUCUACUCUGGCACACCACGACUCUAAAAGUCCUUUUGCCCCGAGAAACACAUCAUCCGUAGCACUGGAGAAUCUCGAUUCAGAGGCGCUAAUUGUCGUCGAGGUCAUGUUUGUCGACGAGCCUAUGGAAAGCCUGAGAGUGGCCAAUAUACAAUUUAAUAACUUAGAUAUUAUAGCGAACCAAGAGACGAUUGUUGAACUCAUGGGAUUCGCAAGAAGAUUGUUUCCGCCAAAGAAGAGCAAGUCAAGGAGGAUGGAGCGUUAUGAGUCGUUAACUAGUUUGACUUCUGAAGGCAAAGCUACGAGAACAGAGAUUACUUUCGAUUUCCAUAGAUUAAACGUUUUGUUAUUAAGAGCUGUGAUGCAGGAUAGUCAUCUGGUGGGCCAGAAAAUUGCGACCGCAACGAUGUCAGACGCUCGCAUUCAAGCCACGCUUGCUGCAGACAACUCAAUCUCAGGCUCUCUUGGUGGUCUACAGAUUCUUGAUCAAACUCUUAUUGGAAAGACACAUCAACGAAUAAUAAGCGUUGGUCGUGAUCCUCUUGCAGAGCCCUCGAGCGGUUCUCACCAUCAGCAACACCCAACCCCACUUGAACAGUUUGCGAGUAUAAGCGGCGAGCCACCCACCGGUGACCAAUCCGAAGCCUUCCGUUUUCUAGUGACCCGUAGUUGUCGACAGAAUCUCGAAGCCGAUGCCUCAGAAACACUUGUUGAAAUCAGUGUGCGCAUCGGCAGUGUUUGGUACACCCACGCGCCUCAUUUGAUUUCCGAACUAAGAUCCUGCGCCGACGAGUUCAAACAGUAUCUUAGUAAUUUGGCCAGGCAGAUCGGUGCCGCUGCAACAGAUAUGGCUAUAGGCUUAGUAAACGCGGAAGACUGGACGAUACCACAAAGAAAGAGGCUACCAAGCUUCUCAAUGGAUGGGAUUGAGUCAUCGACGAAUUUAAUGCUAAAGCUUGAUCUGGUACUAGACAGUCCAGUUCUGGUGAUUCCGAGAUCAUCACAGAGUGCACAAGUCUUUGUUGCACAUUUAGGAACGAUGUCCUUGCAGCAUGAACCCCCAGUUUCUGGGUCAACUAAGCAGAAGAUCAAUCUAGAGGUUAGAGAUAUGAAUUUACACUCUUUGGACGUGUCGGCUAAGAUUAAUCAGAUAGGCCAAGGAAAUCUACCUCUGAGAGCUGAGGACAUGUACUCGUGCAAAGAGACCGGGAAACCCAUUCUACACGACACAUUAAUGAGGGUUACUUUAGAACGAGAUAUCGGAAGUCGAUGCCAAAGUCCUGGAUUUCCACUAGAAAUAGAGACUGCUCGAGGAACCGUAGAGGUUCGCGGAAUUGUCGUUACCCCGUUAAAAGUAUCCUUAUCUCGAGCUCAGUACGAGCAGCUUCUAGAUACCGUGCACAGAUUGUUUUCUGUACCAACCGCCAUGGCUGAGCCAGUCGUGCCCAAACAGCAAUCAACGUCAAAGACUCCUACUUACAGCACUAGCAUUAGUGCGACAGAUAAAACAUCUUAUUCGGAGAAAUUUGACCUGCCCAUCAAAGUGCUCUUUGAAUUGCCAGCGCUUAGCAUUGAGUUAAAGCAAGAGGGUAGACUUGAGCAACCUCUUGUUGAAUUGUCGAUGCGCGAUCUGUGCGCUAAAUACGAAAAAUUGCAACGCAAUGAGUCUACUACUCAAGUCGCACUUCGUUCCUUACUCAUGGAAGAUUUGUUGUGUCCCGUGGGCUCGCGUCAUCGAUACAUGAUGCAGUCGACAGCACCUUCAAGGGCUAGACUGUUAGCAGGUGUCUCGCGUUCUUGCCCGGAUCUCAUCUACAAUCAUCUCCUCCGCGGUUCCUCAGCAGUUCAUGGCAGCCUCCCUGAUCGGCUUGAGACCGACACCCUCUACGGUGCUGUACCGCCACAUUGGCGACAUAAACCAUCCUCUCUAGUAGAAACACCCAACACUCCUCCGCCAUCUCCAGGUGCUGUCACCGCCGAAGAAAACCUCGUGCUUAUAAGUAUCACAAUGCGCGAGCCAGAUCGCGACAGCCCAGUUCGCGUACAGCGAAAAACCGUUAGCGUUGACUUCAACUGUCUCGACCUGAUAGUCAGUGUCGAGUCUUGGAUGGUGGUCUUGGACUUUUUGGGUAUUGGUUCACCCAGUCCCGAGCUGGUACCAUCGGCCAAUGCUCCUCCUUCUCAAACUGUUGAUGAAGUUGACUAUAACAAAGGACCGUCAGAACUGCCCGUGCACUCCGAGGCUGAAAUCGAGAUUAAUUCGUUAACAUUGGUACUAACCCAACCAGAGCGUGAGAUCGCUAGGGCCAAUGUGUCCAACGCCAACAUGCAUAUUGUCAAGGUUGACGGUACGACAAACGUUUCAGGCUCGCUUGGCUCUAUGUCACUGCUCGAUCUUACACCUCAUGGAAGAUUCUAUAGGGAAAGGUUUCUGACGUCUGGUAGAAAAGCUUUGAACUUUCAGUACUCGAGCUAUGCGAACUCGGAAAAGCGGCCUUACGACGCCCAGCUCAAGCUGCAGAUGUCGGCCGUUCACUACGUGCACACACAGAGAUUCGUCGCUGAGCUGCAAGCUUUCUUUGCGCACUUUGCUCAGCUGCGAACUGUUAUGGCGAAUUUAAGAGCUGGUGGUAGUGCCGUUAUCAAUGUGAACAAGAGGAGCACGAGACUUUCAUUAGAGCUGCAUGCCGGAGCGCCUGUUAUUUUGCUACCCGUAAGUUCAAGGUCGGAGGAAAUGAUAUUACUGGACCUGGGUGAACUAUCGGCUCACAAUAGUUUUGUCUUUUCGAGCGUGAAAACAGAGUGCAUGUUAGACAUUAUGAACCUCGAGCUUGUUAACAUGGACGUCUACGCUGCGAAAAGGGUCAGCGCUAGUGGUAACAACGUUGCCAACGGCGACUGUUUGUCCAUUGGUGGAUUCAUUGUCAAGAAGACCGGCCCUUCUCUGCUCACUGAAAAGUGUCAUCUGAAGCUGAGAGUUGAGAGGAAUUUGGACACAUAUCUUAGCAGAGAGAUACCAGAUCUCAGUGUUCACGGAACCUUGUCGACGAUGGACUGCGCUCUUGAUCCAUCACAGUACAUGCUUAUCCGAGGACUACUGUCUUACAAUAUCGGAGAAAACCUGGAUGAUCUGCGCGCUUUCAUGCAGGAGACGGUCGAGUACUCCAUGCCAAAAACGGACUUUGACGGCAAAGCCUGGACGUCAUCGUAUAUCAGUCUUGAAUUGGUCAACGUCACGCUGAAGCUCCAUCCACAUCACGGAAUCGCAGCUCUGGCUUGCGUUAACUUCAUCAAGUCCCGGUUGAUCUUGGAUUCGCUGAGCGAUGGAUCGCAAGACAUCGAUUUGGUCUCGCGUGAAAUUCUAGUUACGGACACACGCUUUCAAGAUGAACCAGUGAAUAGACGUUCCAACGUUUUCACCAGCAUUUUGCAACCGUUGCGCGAAAGCUCCGCCUCGGAGGAUAGAGUUCAAGCGGAAGUACACCAUCGCAAGCGAAAGAACUGUGCUGCUACGACGAUCUUAUUGCACAGCAUGAGGCUGACAGCAAUUUUGGAUUGGUGGGAGGCAGUGAGAGACUUUCUUGUAUUGAAUUCGCCUGAGCCCGAUCCGGUGCACGUUGGGCUGGUGCCGGUAGUUGCUUCGCAGGAGAAUGAGAACAGCAGUAGUGGUGGUAAUAACGCAGUAUUACCGUUCGAAUUGAAAUUAAAUAUUACCGACUCGGAAUUGGUGCUAGUGGAAGAUACGUCGUUGUGGGAUACAAAUGCCGUGAUUCUUAAAAGUACGGCUGUGGUAGCGUAUAGGUCCAAUCCACAAAACGGAGAAAAGCCGAUGAGUUGUAACCUGUCGCAUUGCGAACUCUUCUCUUGCAUCUUGGGAUUAGAGGAGGAAACUGCGCUAUCCAUCAUUGAUCCAGUAGGUGCUAGCCUGGAACUGACUAAGGAACGGUGCUUGGAAGUUCACCUCCAGCCUCUGAGCGUACGUCUCAGUUACCACGACGUAAACAUGUUCUCACGGAUGCUGAGUUCUUUACCGAAACAAACACUGCUUGCGAGACAGAAGCUAUCGGUUGCUGGCAGACCGCCGGCUAAUGCCAAGAGUCACGUUGUAAAGUUGUCGGCUCUUGGAUUCGCCGAAGUUGACUGCGAGACUGCGCUCAAUAAAUGCAAUGGACAUCUGGAUGACGCAGCGCUGUGGUUGACGCAGAAUGCGGUGCCAAAUACGGAUAGAUCAACCAGCAAUGACGAAUUCCCGCUAAAGGUCGUGGUACUCGAAACAGCCUGCUUGAAGAUCUGCAUAAUCGACGAUUGUAGGGACGCAGAUGUGCCUCUUUUAGAAAUGACACUCUUCGAUCUUUCGCUUAAACAAGAGUAUUGUGGACCUGGCGAUGUAUCAGGAACUUUCGGAGUCGACUACUACAACCGUGUACUAAGUGGCUGGGAACCGUUCGUUGAACAGUGGCGUGCCUCCAUGCAAUGGGAGCAAACCUUAUCCAGCUCGUUAAGCUCGAAACGUUUAAGGAUACGUAUCGACUCACAAGAUUCGGUAAAUGUGAAUGUUUCAUCUACCCUUGUCGAACUGAUUACCACAGUCAAAGAAAACUGGACGCAGGAUUACUAUCUGCUCACUGAUUCUAGUAAAGGAAAUAAUAAAAACUACAGAAGACGAUCACCUUUCGUUCCCUUUGCCUUGAAGAACGAAACAGGUUCAAAGAUCUGGUUUAAAACUUUGAUAGCCACUGCUGAGGAUGACAAGAUUGUAGAUAGAGAGUUUCUACGGAAGAAUGCACUGAAGCGGGAUGAAACUUGGCUUGAAGUUGGCGUUGGUGACACUAUACCAUUCACAUUCGAGAACAGGGGAAAACUCAGGCACCACUCAACUCACAUAGCUAGAAGGCAUCAGGUUGCAGUAGUCGUUGAAGGCUGGAAGGUCGUAGAUCCGGUCACCGUGGAUCGAGUGGGCAUUUAUUUCCGACAUGCUCAUGUCGAUACCAAAGUUUCUGAAGUGAUAUCAACCAAAGCUAGAAUUGUAUUCAACGUUGAGUUAGAAGGCUCCGCGAGAAAAUUAGUGACUGUGAGAUCAGCUCUGCAGGUUGUGAACAAAUUGAGCUAUAAUGUUGAUUUAAAACUGGAAAAAUCAUUGAGCUAUUAUGGCUAUUCCCCAACGUAUUCUUCUACGCUUGGUAGCAGAACAUUACAAGUUCCUGCCCAAUCUCGUAUUUCGAUUCCAUUGACUCACACUGAUGUUCAGAUGUAUCUAAAACCAGUACAUCCCGUCGGCCCGUACCAGCACUGCAUGGAACCCAUCGAUUGGACAUCAGUAAAGAAACUUUCAGAAGUCGUAGAAAUACAGACCACUUGUCGUACCGCGAACCAACAAAAUCUUUUUAGAAUGUGUGUAGCGAUAAGAAGGGAUAACUACCCGCCAGAUACGUCGCAGACCUUACCUGGACACACAAUAUCAAUCCUUGCUCCAAUGACUCUGACUAAUCUAUUACCGCAUGAAAUGUUUUACUCUGCUGGUGUGGAGAACGGUAGGAUUCUUCCGGGCGAGUCAGCUGAUCUUCACAGCACGAAUGUCAAUGACCAGUUAGAGAUUACAGUACAGCUUGAUGGAUACCCUGGCGCUGGAACGCUUAUUCUACCUCAAAACAGUGGUUCCUUUACCGGCAGAAUGCGUCUCUCUGACUCUUCCGGUCGCAUUCUUUUUGUUCAUGCGACCGUCAUUGUUGAGAAAGGUUCAGCUGUUCGUAUAAAUAUAACAGCACCGUACUGGAUUAUCAACAAAACCGGGCUACCUUUGGUCUUUAAGCAGGAGGGCGCAAACAAUGAAUUUGCUGGACAGUUCGAAGAGCACGAAAAAGCUCGCAUGGUUGCCCCCUUACUGUUCUCCUUCAACGAUGAAGAGAUGAGCGGCACUUUGGCAGUCAGGGUAGGAACUGGGGUUCAUCCUAAUGGUGUUCCUCAGUGGUGCCAGAACUUUCACUUGCAGCCUGGUGUGCAGGUGCAUCGGUUAAGAGUAACUUUACGUGACGGUCGACCGGAUAUUGUUUAUUUGAUUGGUAUCGCAACAAGAGCUGCCAGAGGAAGAUACCGUGCAACCACGGUUGUGACCUUGUCACCGAGAUAUCAACUGCACAACAAAUCGUCAUGCACAUUAGAGCUUGCACAAAAAUGUUUUACUACCACUGUUACUCAUCCAGAUGCUCAAGCAACUUACAUUACGGCAAUGCCAGACUGCCACAUGCCAUUCCAUUGGCCGCGUCUUGAUAAGGACCAAUUACUUUGUGUUCGUAUCGUUAAUGUUCCCAACUGCACGUGGUCAGGAGGAAUAAUGUUACACGGAAAUCACUCUCUUACAAUAAAUGUUAGAGACACUGCAGGACAAAUGUAUUUCUUGCGUGUAGACGUCGUUCUUCAAGAGAGUACGUACUUCAUAGUUUUCACAGAUGCCGAUACAAUGCCACCACCUAUUAGAGUUGACAAUUUCUCUGAAGUUCCUUUGACCAUCAAUCAGACUACUGUACCGGACAGUCUACAGUGGACCGUACGUCCACAUUGCUCAGUUCCUUAUGCUCUGGAUGAACCAACGUUACCAGCUGGUUUGGUAGUAACAGCACCUGGAGGCGUGACAGCAUCUUAUGAUUUAAAUAUUCUUGGAGAGUGCAGAGGACUUACAUACGAAAACUUUAUUUAUAUCGCAUUUACAGGGACUUUUAAAACUGAUGGUGAUCAUGGAAAUGGCGAAAAUAGUUUAGAUCCUUUGGACGUUGAAACCCAACGACUAGUUCUAGAAGCUGGGCCUGGUGGCUGGGUUGCGCUUCGUAGAAAACAGUACGGUGCACGAUCACAGCUCUGGAGAAUGACUGGAGAAGGCCAAUUGCAACAUGAAGGCUCCAGUCCCCCGAGAGACAAGCACAGUCGAACACCGGACACGGUUUUGGUCCUUGACAUAGCCGGGACUGCUCCACAACCAUUCACAUACUGUCCUCUAGCCCUGAGAAGGCCUGACCCCAGAAGAAGGUCAACUCAAACGUGGCGCUUUACCGACGACGGUCGGUUGUGCUGCGCGCACGCGAACAUGUGUGUACAGUCCAAGGACGGCUUCAUGGGACUGCAAGAAGGCGGCAGAGUCGCCCGUUGGCAAAUGUGGAGCGAGGCAGUCUUGGGACCCCAAACUCAUUGCAACCCACCACCAAUUGAACAGCGUGUUGGCAGACAGCGACUGAGACCUGGUUCCGGCUACCUUUCCGUAAGAGUAACUACUGAUGGACCAACUAGGGUCUUACAAGUUCUUGACAUCAAAGAGAGGAAGAAGACCUUUGCCUUAUUGGAAGAACGUGACUGGUCUAAUAUCUCGGUGGCCCAACGUCCAACGCAGAUCCAAGCAGAGGUGCCUAACCUUGAUGCCCGGGAGCUACACCUAAGUGUUGACCUACCUGCGGGUCUCGGUUUAUCCUUAGUGUCGCGACGACCUGCGGAAGAGCUGAUAUUCUCAAGAUUCGCUGGCAUAACUUUAGACUUUGUAGAUACACCUUCGAGCAAAAGUCUCGAUCUCAGUGUUCAUGACGUGCAAAUAGACAAUCAACUGUUUGAGGCCCAGUGCACUUCUGUACUUUAUAUUUCCAGAAAUUCCCGAAGUGAAGGCGACUCACGGCCAGCUAUUCACGUUGCUGCAGAAAAACUUCCCUCAAAGAAUCAGAACGCUGAAAUCUACAAACACCUCAUAGUUAGCGUAAAACCAGUCUGCGUACAUCUCGAAGAACGAUUAAUCCUGAAACUUGCUGCCUUCGUUGGCGCAGGUUUUCUCGAUCAGGAAGCACCGGUUGACGAGAACGACUUCAACGCCCAGCGAUUUAUUUCUAACGUAUCGGCAGCCCAUGCCAAGCGAUACUAUUUCGCUGCUCUCAAACUUGUGCCUAGUCAAGUCGAAUUGAGUGUGCUUACCACAACAAAACUGCCGCCGCAUCUGCUAGCGAUCAAAAGGAAGCUUGGAUUAACUUUGAUUAAGUUCGAAGAUGCGACGAUUGAAUUGGAGCCGUUUAUAAGAAAGCAUCCGUUUGAGAGCAGUCAGUUCUUAAUUCAUUCGAUCAUCAAACAUUACAAAGAUGAACUGAAAUGGCAAGCGGCUAUUAUUUUGGGCUCCGUAGACUUUUUGGGAAGUCCACUAGGCUUCGUAAACGAUGUGUCUGAAGGAGUAUCUAGUUUCAUCUACGAAGGUAACGUGAAAACGCUUGUGAAGAACGUAACGCAUGGCUUCUCGAGCUCUGCAGCCAAAUUGACGGAAUCUCUAUCUGAUGGAUUUGGCCGAGUUAUUAUGGAUGAGAGACAUGAAGAGACAAGGCAGAAGAUCCGAGCUAACACAGCAGGAAGUAAGGACCACUUGGUGGCCGGGUUUAAGGGACUUGGAUUCGGUAUACUCGGUGGUAUGACUAGCAUUUUCAAGCAGACUUACGAUGGUGCUGCAAAUGAAGGAUUUCCGGGAUUUUUUGCUGGACUUGGUAAAGGUGUUGUAGGCACAAUAACCAAGCCUGCUGUGGGAAUUCUGGAUUUCGCCACUGAAAGUGCGACUGCAUUACGAGAAAGUAGCAGAAGUGCUCACAGACAAAUACCAAAGCGUGACAGGUUACCACGAGUUGCUAGUGGACCAGCAGGUUUAUUGCCACCGUACAAUUAUCAGCAGACCGAGGGACAGGAAUUGCUUUACAGCAUCAAUAAUCGCGACUACUCCGAGCUGUUUGUGGCUUACGAGUGUCUGCGUAGCGGAACCGACAACCUCAAGGUACUCGUCUCGAACGAGCGCGUUAUAGUCAUAUCCGGAGGUAGCAAGGGUAUCGUUACGGAGGUGAGCUUGGCUGAUCUGUUGUACUGUCAGCCGACUCAUCGUCUAGAGAGCAAUGGCACCACACUGCACUACAUCGAGCUGACCUCCAGGGCGGACUCCGUGGGAACCAUAAAUUUCGAUGGACCAGAGAUUCUCAGGAGACCUAAAGUGCGCUGUGACAGUGAGGAUAUUGCCAAAUGGGUUUCCCGACAAAUCAACUAUGCUAAGGGGAUGCACGAAGAACGACGUCUGACGCUCAUGUCCUCUGACAACAUGCUCGAUGACAUUCAGAUUUACAAAUAAAUAGAAAGAAGAUACUUGUAUUCUAACUCAAUUUUUUUAUAUACUUCAUAAAAGCAAUUAUUUAUGUUAAUCUACAAAAAUGUUCAAAUAUUGCUCACCUAGUGAAAAAAUUGUUGACACUUUAGUUACCUAUAAGUUUAAAGAUUAAGUAUAAUUCACUACAAGACUGACGCUAUAAACAAGCAAUAAGUGUCACAAAAAAUCAAUUUUUUCAGUGCCAUUUUUGUUAUUUAUAUAUAUGAUAUGUAUAUGUAUUUUUUUGACACAUUUUAGUAAUGGUUAAAGAAAUCGAAUGAUGAAUGUAUAUAUUGUACAGUUCAGUACAGCGAUUGUUGAGAGAGUUAAAGAUGUGAGAGUUUUAAUUUAUGUUUAACUUUAAUCAAAGUACCUUGACGCUCGUCGUUAUACACCAAAAACACCAAAGUUGUUGAAAUUCUCGAUGUUCAAAUACACAGUAUUCCUUUCUUUUCGCACAUUCGCUGUACAAUUUGAAUUGUAAAUACGAGGUGUGUAAAUUUAUAUUUUAGAGAGAAACCUGCAUUGUGAAUAAGAUUAUAAGAUAUCAAUAUAUUUGUUCUACUAUACACGAAGGAUGCUUUUAAUAAUAAAAUGUUCAUGCAUGA